AUGGCAAUUACCAGAAGCUCUGAGAAACUCUCAUCUAGAUCGUCUUUGACGCAGGUCGAACUUUACCAUAGUCACAAUGGCCCGUCCGCCAAUUUGUUCAGUUCCACCUCGACCGAGCUGAGACAACAGCAACAAUGUUAUCGUUUUUGUCGUUCCGAGGGACGCAGAAGAUCCGAACGAAUAGUAGCCCUCACGUCCGCAAGAGCCAGACCUACUCAAUCGUCUGGGAAGCUACCGGCCAUACCGACAAACUCUGUUGUUGAUCCGAGCCAAGCCAGAUCACGUCGCGUCCAAAAAUCCGAUCUUUCCCAGCGCCACAAGCGAUCAUGCAAACCAAGGUCCAACCACCUGACCAAACAUCCCAUGAUGGAUCUCAAACGCCUAAACGCAGCAAGCGUGCGGUACGCCAACGAAAUUCUUGACAGAUUAGAGAUUUUGGAUGUCCUCGCUAGAAAGUCGUCGUACGAAAGUAGGCGCAAAGCUGCUCUUGCGAUCGCAGCCACUCAGACUUUCAACCGUUAUACUAAGCAUUUUGGAAUUAUGGUGGCAGAUGAUAGGCCAAAGCUCUACGAACACGGAAUUAUUCAGCGGCUGAAUGAGAUUGUACUUAGUAGAACAGAGGGAAGUGGGUCACUGGGAUGCGCGCUGGUAUAA